CGCCUCUCGGCGGCGGCAGAGGCGCGAUGGCCGACCGCAGUGGCCCUCUCCGGGCGCCUAGCUCGCGGGGCUCCCCUCGGCGAGAGCCCCGAGCCCCAGGCGCGGCGGGGCUGGGCAGCGGGGAGACUCCGCGGACAGCGCCGCUCGCGCUGCGUUUCGACAAGCCCAUCAAACAGGCUUUCUACAACACGGGGGCCGUGCUGUUCGUGUGUCUGUGCUGCGGUGCUGCCGUGCUGGUUUACUUCAUCCUCGAGGCUUUCCUGAGGCCGCUGCUGUGGGCCGUGUUGUGCGGUACCUUCCUGCACCCUUUCAAGAGCUCGCUGACGCGCCUGGGCCGCCACUGGCUCCAGCGCCUGCACCGCGCGCACACGCCCAUCGUGCUGGGCGUGCUGCUGCUGCCGCUCUGCUUCGCUGACUAUGGUGUAGAGGCCCUGGGCGAGCAGGCGCUGCGCCGCCGCCGCUUGCUGCUGUUCCUGGGCGCGGGCGGCCCGCUGCUCUACGGCUUCUACUGCCUGGGCAGCUACCUGGGCGUGCAGGUGCUGCUGGCGCACGCGGGCGUGCUCAUCUGCCGCGGGCUGGACUACUUCAGCAGCCUGUGGAUCUGGACCUUGGUAGUUGGCUAUGUGUUGACUGUUUCAUUGAAGUGGAAUGCAAGCACUGAACGCUACUUGAGAACAAUUUCAAUUCCUGUCUGGAUUAUAUUGCUUUUUCAUUUAGCAUCCCUGGCUGGCUCAUGGAGAAUUCCAGUAUUCCUGGUUAUUGUUUUCCUGAUGUCUGUGGGCACCCUGUAUGAAAAACAGAAUGAACAAGAGUCUGCUGGGGCAGAAUUACCAGGGCAAGUAAUCUCCAUGGCAGCUUCUACUCUAGCGAACUUGGCCAUCUCCAUCACGGGAUAUGAGUCAGGCAGUGAAGAUCAGACCUCCACUCAGCCUGCAGAAACCACAGAAGAACCCUCUCCAACACUGUCCACUUCUUCAUCCUCCUCCCCUUCCUCACCUUCUUCCCCUUCACCUACCCUGGCCAGACAAAGGCCUGAGAUUGGAACAUUUCUGAGGAAGAAGAAAACCAGCGACAUCUACUUUGUGUCCCUCGUCUGGGCCAUCAUUGUUGUACAGAUCUGGUCGAACCUGUGGAUUGUGCAGUUGCUGCCUGUGCCGAUUGGAGUCUGGAUAAUCAAAAAGCUUGUUAUUCACUUUGGAGUUGUGGACUUCCUGGAGAAACGCUGCCAGGUAUGGUGGCAGGUCAUCGAAUGCUUCCUGAAGGAGCGGCAGGAGGCUUUAGCACCAUGGCCAAUCAUCGGGCUUGGGAAAUUCUUAUUAAAAGUUGACAGCAAGCUCUGGCACUGGCUAAAUAAGAAGAUGAUCAUCUGGUUGGAGAAGAUGUUAGAUAAAAUAAUUAGCAUUUUCAUCAUAUUUUUGCUAGUAAUAGGAACCCUUCUCUUAGCUCUUCUUUUGACUGCAAAGGUACAUCAAGAGAGUGUACACAUGAUUGAAGUCACAAGUAAUUUGAUUAAUGAAACUCUAGCAAAUCACCCUGAGUGGGCAAAUUGGCUUCCUGAAGCACAGGUGUUCCAAAGAGCCCUAAAUUCUGCGGCUAACAAUGUCUAUCAGUAUGGACGCGAAUGGAUAACCCACAAGCUUCAUAAAAUUCUAGGAGACAAGGUGAACAAUACUGCUGUAAUUGAAAAGCAAGUACUAGAACUCUGGGACAGACUGUAUCACUCUUGGUUUGUAAAGAAUGUAACACAUUCUGGAAGACACAAAGGACACAAGAUGCAUGUAAGCCGUCAGAACAGCUGGCUGGGAGACAUUCUGGACUGGCAGGAUAUUGCCUCCUUCGUUCAUGAGAACAUUGAGACAUUUCUUUCGAUCUUGGAGUCCCUGUGGAUUGUUAUGAGCCGGAAUGUGAGCCUGCUGUUUACCACGGUCACCACGCUCCUAACCAUCCUUUUCUACAGUGGCACUGCCCUCCUCAAUUUCGUACUCUCUCUGAUAAUUUUCCUGACCACACUAUUUUAUCUGUUAAGUUCCAGUGAUGAGCACUACAAGCCAGUGAAGUGGGUGAUAAGCCUGACACCACUGUCUCAGCCAGGUCCAUCUUCUAAUAUUAUUGGCCAGUCUGUGGAAGAAGCUAUCAGAGGGGUGUUUGAUGCUUCCCUCAAAAUGGCUGGCUUCUAUGGAUUGUAUACCUGGCUGACUCAUACUAUAUUUGGCAUCAAUAUUGUCUUCAUACCAUCAGCUUUAGCAGCCAUCCUUGGAGCAGUGCCCUUCCUGGGGACGUACUGGGCAGCGGUCCCUGCAGUUCUAGACUUGUGGCUGACGCAGGGAUUAGGAUGCAAGGCCAUUCUGCUGUUGGUUUUUCAUCUCUUGCCAACUUACUUUGUAGAUACUGCCAUCUAUUCUGACAUAUCAGGGGGUGGCCACCCAUACCUGACAGGUUUGGCGGUGGCUGGAGGAGCUUACUACCUAGGCCUGGAAGGAGCAAUUAUUGGGCCCAUACUCCUCUGUAUACUUGUGGUCGCUUCCAAUAUCUACAGUGCCAUGCUAGUGAGCCCCACGAAUUCAGUGCCCACACCAAGCCAGACACCGUGGCCAGCUCAGACUCAGCGGACUUUCCGUGACAUCUCUGAAGAUCUGAAAUCUUCAGUAGACUGACAUGGUUUCCAGGCAGCGAUUUCUCUAGGAAGUUCCACCUUGACUGUGAGUUCAGUUCAGCUGUGGCCUUCUGUCCUUGCAGCUGUGCCUGGCAGGCAGAGGCCAGGCAGAGCCCAGGAAUGAAAGAAACUCCUGGCCUUACAAACAGAGCUCCCAACAAGAGAGAACUUGCUGUGGGCACUUUGCAUUGUAAAACACAGCUGGAGAGCUCAGAGGUGUGUUUUGCUCACUUAACUGUUGCUAAGAUGGCUUGAAAAGUUUCAGUUUAUGCACUGGUACCAUGGCUUGACAUUUUUUCACUUUGAUUAUGUUUGUUGCUAUUAUAUGUAUUUAUAAAGUUAUUUUGAGAAGUCUAAACUACCUGCUGUUAAAAGUAUAUACAAUAUAAUUUUCUCCACUUUAAGAAAUCUAUUCUUAGCUUUUUCCAUGACACUUUUCAACAGAGUAUGUAGUUAUGUGAGCAGGAAAAAUUGAGUCUUCUACCCUUUUUGCACAAUGUGCCAUACCCUGUUUGACAGAGUGAACAAACCUUUAGUAUAAGAGUGGUAUGACUCAGUUGAUGCUCAUCUAUGUGUUGCAAUCAGAAGAGACACAGAAAGACUGAUGCUUUCCUCCUCUUCCAUCUCCCUGUAUGCUUUGUUACAGUAUUGUCAAAAUUCUAAAACUUGGCUGACCACAUUACCUUAAAAUACUGAAGCUGCUAUGAAUGGCAACAAUAUGAUAGAAUUCAUGCUAUCAUUCAAUUUUUUCUUUUAAAUAUUUUAAGUUUAAAAAAAUCUCAGGUGUAGUGGUACUCUGAUUUGUUAAACGUAUCCCUAUUAUUUCGAACUCCAACACUUAGGUAUUUAACAGUAUCAUAUUUUUUGUCAUUUCGCACAGUGCCUUGCACAUAUGACUGUAGAUGAAUGCUUGGUGAAUUGAAUCGUAACUUUAAAAAUAUCUCAGCUAUUACAAUAAUCAGCAGAAUGCUUUAUAUUUUAUACAGUCCUUUUGUGCAUAUUAGUUUGUAACCUCUUCCCACCCACUUUCAUGUAGCUUUCUAUUAUUUUACAAAGUUUCACACUGAUGGCAAACCCCAAUGUUCAGCAGGGUGAUGAUUGAAAAGACUCACACAUUCAGUGAGAUUUGGUCUCAUAUCUUUCUGACUCCAUAGUCUGCAAACUCUGCUAUACUAUAGAACAUUUCUUCUACGAUUUUAGGCAGUUUCCCCUAUACCAUGAGCUGCAAUAGGUGUUGCUAUCUUUGUGAAAUGAAUAAGGCUCAGUAUUGAGGCUCUAACCUAGCUCUUAGUUUUGUGUCCUUUCAACUAUUUAAAACAGUCAGCAGCCCCUUCCUGUGUUCUCAAAAGGACUGUGGAAUGGAAAGUGUGCUUCUUGGCAAACAUUUAAAAGUAGAAAUAGCUGGGUGUGAUGGUAUAUGCCUGUAAUCCCAGCACUUGGGAAGCUGAAGCAGGAGAAUUGUGGCGAGUGUGAGGCCAGCCUGGGCGACAUAGCAAGAACCUGUCUCAAAAAAAGGCAAAAAUAAAUAAAAGCAGAAGUAAUUUUUUUCUAAACUAUCACUAAAAAGUUAAUGAUAAUUAACUUAUAAGUUUAAAUUUAUUCUUAUGCUAAGAAAAACCCCAUCUAGAAAAGGCUUCAUUAACACAUUGCUUGAGAGCUUGCUAAACUCUAGGCUCCAAGCCAAGGUCUGUGCAGGGUGCUGUAGGAGAUGACACAUAAGGCCUCUCUCACCUGAAAUCUUAACCAGAUCACAUGUAAUACUAAAUUUAAAUGUUUUGCUUUAAAAGGGUUAAAGCAAGAAAUGAAGUUUUUGUUAAUUACAUAAUGGUAAAUUUAUAGCUGUAAUUAGCAUAUAUUCAUGAGGCAAAUAUUUUACACAAUGAAUUAGUGUACAUAUACAAAUUAUGUUCCUUCAGAGUGCUUUUAGCUGUGUAAAGUAAAAUUGCAAUAAACUAAACUUGAGCUAAUAUAUGGCUGUUGCUGGGAAAAAUAUUAGUAUGAAUACAAGGUUCUUAGAGGGGAACUCUAAGCCCUAAGAGGACAGCUUAGAGCUGCCUAAAUGAGCAGCAGUGGUGUAAUACCACCCCGCCAUAUCAGGAGCAGAAGUCCCCCAGAGUGGUACACAGUCCUGAUCAGGAAACUUGAACUCUAUUGCCAGAGUGACAGCCUAAGAACUAGGAGCCUAAGGACUAGUCUACCAGCUUCCGAGGCCAAAACCAGAGAGAAGCACCCUGUCAUGUGUCCACAGGCACAGAGGAGGUUUUACAGAAUGUACACGGGGCAGACAGAGGCCAGGUGGUAUGGAAAGUUGGAGACCUAAGCACAAGUCUCAAAGGUAACCUAACGUACAGAGUCUGUCUCAGAAUUUGACCCAGAAAGAGGAAGUUUCCCUAUGACUAGACAAAGCAUCGAAGAAAUAAAAGUAGCUUUGGUAAAAACUGAGUACAGAAAUCUGUCACAAUAUUUUGCAUUUUGUAGGUUAAAAGUUAGUUUCAAAUUCACAUUCACUAUUCAGCUGAAAGCUGAAUGGUUGGGGGUGGGGUUAAAGCUCAACACACAGAUAUGUUUCUCUUUUCCAAGAGAGAUCAAGGCAUAGGAUUUUCAGCAUACAUUCCACAUUAUGUAAGUCCUGCUUAAAUUCCACAAAGCAGUCCUGGAGGGAUCUCUGUUUAACUGUUUUUGAUGCCAGGCUUAGAUACUAUUAAAAUUGAGGGUUCCCUAACCCUCUUCGUGAGAGGCAGUUACCUGCCAGUUUUUCCUCAGCUUCUGAGACUAGGGUGGGUUGACUCUUGACUGUGGAAAGACCCCAAGAUGGGGUACUCUAUAUUUGGGGACUCUGUAUUUAAACAAACUCUGUAGUCUUUGGAAAUGGCAGCUGUUUGCAAGUGAGGUCUUCUGGCUAACCUUGUAACAUGAACCUUGCAGGAUUUCUAGUACUUCUGGUUCCUAUUUUGGCCAUAUUAGUGCUUUAGGAGCCUGUCACUGCUGGCCAAGAAAUACUCAGAAAUCCAGACCAUGAGGAAUUUGAUUAGAGCAAAUUAAUUUAAGUGAGCUAUCCAAAGCUUUCAACCUAAGGGUUUUUGGAAGAAAACCCUGAGGACUUCCUACACUCUAGUCCUGACCUUACGUUUUUCCAUAGGGUCUCCCAUGACCCUUUCAAAGUAUUAAAAGUAGGACUUUUUUUUGGUACCAGGGAUCGAACUCGGGUCCUUGCGCUUGCAGGGCAGGCGGCAGAACCACUGAGCUAAAUCCCCGGCCCCAAAAGUAGGACCUUGACUGCCCUUUUUAUAGUGGAAAUAGCUUCUAGCAAUAUAUUCCCAACAUGUGAGUUCCAGCUAUAAACAAGUGCUUAUUAGUUUUAUCAGUUUCUUUUCUUUACACAUUUUGCCAUCAUAAUACAUUCAUUCUAUUAACUUAUUGGUCAUUGAAAACCUGAAAAAAUACACAUAUCUGAAGGCACUCUGUACUGUUUUGAUAAAAAUAAUCAAGAGAAUUGUAAGUCAAGAUGAUCUAUCUUGAAGAAUCAUAGAAGUUCUGUGCUAAAAUGUAUCAUUUAUAAUUAAAUGAACCUGUCAUUUUCCAGAGACGGAAACAAAUUUUUAGGUUAAAGUAGCUUGUCUGAUAAACACACAGAGCUAGUUAGUAAUAGAAUUCAUGGGUGGAAUAGUUCCUUUUUCUCUCCAUAUUCAACUUCUCUUUCCCUUUUCUCAUAAUUGAGCAGCUUUGGGCAAAAUAUGUUUCUGACACCAAUGGUUCCAAGAGAGAUUAAUAGAUGUUGUAAGAGGAGAAAAAAGUGUGUGGGGGGGUAUAGAGCCCAUGGUCAAUUAAAAUUGAGGAAUGGUGAAUUUGUUUCCUUUUCCUGGGACUUAAAAGAGUUUUUAACAUACUAUGAUACAUUGUAAAUCUAUAAAAAGGGACAAAGAUUGUGUUUGACUUUAGAUUGUGCCCCCUUUCUCCUCCUCUCUGAGCAUUUCAAGGGACCUUGUCCUUUGGGAAAGAUGGCUUUUGAUCAAGUUUACAACUCUUUUAGGAGAGACAGCCCAGUGGAAUUACUGAAUGGUGAGUCUGUUUCUCUGGUACCACGCAAUCUGUAAUAAAUCUCACAGUUUAGUGUGAUACUAGCAAGAAAACAUAUUUACCGUUCAGAACUAAAAAUAUAGAGGUUCUUUUCUACCUAUGGUGUGUAAAAUCACUAUUUGUGUUUAAUUUGCAAAUUUUCAAGGAUCAAUUAAUGAAUUAAUAUGCAAAUACCUUGGUGAUAUAUUGAUAUAAACACUUUAAUAAUACUUUUGUAUGGCUCUUUAUAAUUUUCAGGCACCUCUGGGAACAGCCUGUGAGCCUAGUCAGUAUUAUAGUCAUUGCACAGAUAAGGCACUGGAGGCUCUGAAAGGGUUUCUUUUUUUCUUCUUCUUCUUUUUUUUUGUAUGGUUUUAUUUUUGUUUGUUUUUCCCAUCUAAAUUUAAGUCACAAAAGGAUGGAGCUAGAAUUUGGUUGCAGAAUUCUGAUUCCAAGUCCAGAGUUCUUUACUCCAUACCUGGUCUCUUAUUCAUCUAGAUUUAUAAUGUACAAGGAGCUGGGUGGUGGUGCACGCCUGUAAUCCCAGCACUUGGGAGCCUGAGGCAAGAGGACCACCCCAACUUCCAGGCCAGCCUGGGGUACAAAGUGAGACCCUGUCUCAAAAAAAAAAAUUAAAAAGUACAAUGGUACAGAAGCAACAUCCUUUUGGCUUAUCAUGAAAUACCACUUAUUUUGUAUUAUAGUGACCUAGAAGUAUUACUUUUACUGUAACUCUCCCAGAGAAAACCCUUGUUUGUCCUUUGCAGUGCCACUUGUUUAGGUGAUUGGUGUGUAUUUCAAAUAUUAUUUGAUUGUGAAACUAAUAUUGACAGUGGUUGUAAUUACUUAUGUAACUUUGGAAAUGUUUAAUUUCUGUAUUCUCAGGCAAAGGAGAGAUGGUUUGAGGGAAAGAAUAUUCAGAUAUGGCAAAUAUUACACAAAUACCACUGCUUAGCUUUAACCGGCUUUCACAACCUGAUGUAACUUCUUUGUAAAAUGUAAAAUAUUUAUAUUUUGAAAUAAAAUUACUAGUGUUGAAUGAAUCGGUAAACUUAAA